AUGCUGUCCCAGUCGCCUCAAGUCCAUAGAGGGACUCGUCGCUCGAACGUUGGAGCAAAAGCUCGCGUCUGCCCUCAUUGCGGUCGGGGUUUUAGGCGGACUGAGCAUUUGGAGCGCCAUAUUCGGACUCAUACCAAAGAAAAGCCGUUUACUUGCUACUGUGGUGCCGCAUUCACGCGCCGUGAUCUCUUGAAGCGGCACAACCGCAUCGCACACCAGAAUGGUGAUGACACCAAUGGCUUGAUUUCGCCCCCCUCUCAACCCGACCAGGACGUCGCUGAAGGCCAGAAUGUAAAUGACCUUCACACACCCGAAGCUCCCGCAACCUCACAGCCGUUCGAUCCGCAGGCCGGGGUGGGACCAGCCGUGCCUGUACCUCUUCCUGGACCGUCUGCUGUCGAGCAAUGGGCUGCGCCUCAACGUGCGCCGUACAUAGAACAAUCUCAACCCGUACUUAGUACAGGGGAGAAUAAUGCGGGCUUGGUCACGCAUGCAGGGGUUGUCCCAGAUGCAGAGAUCCUGCAGGCCGCCCAGCUUCUUUUGCCAGGUAGUUUCCGAGAUCCUCAGCCCGCUCAUCAACCGAUGCCAUAUCUUCCCGAAGAAUUCAACCACUUCCAAGACUUCACCCAUUUCCUGGACUCGAUCGGAUUGCCAGCUGAAUGGGUCCCCACUGGGGUAGAAGCCACGCAGGUCCAGAGUGCUGUUCCUGACGAUGUCCCCGAGGUCAGGCGGAUGUCUCGGGAUCUGCAGGGAACUUCUAGUCGCGGUCGAGAGGGCUCACGCGCAGAUUCUCCAUUUAGAUCCUGGCUACCAUCGGUGCCUCCAGGGGAUCAGAGCCUAGGAACUAUAUCUGAUUAUGAACCACCACAGGCAGCUAAAAAUCGGUCCCCUUUGAAGGUCAGCGAAGAGCAAAGACUGCGCCUCGCGGCUUCAUUGGAGGAGUUUCGCCAUAUCAUCCCAGAAUUCGUCUUACCGUCUCGGCAUACCUUGACGAGAUACUUGACCUCAUUUUUUGACGGUUUCCAUUCUCAUUUGCCCUACAUACAUCUUCCUACGCUUCGGAUCAAUGAGCGUUCACCGGAAUUGAUACUUGCUUUCUUAACUGUGGGAGCUCAAUAUCGCUUCGAGCACCGUAAUGCAGAAAGGCUAUUCUAUGCUGCGAAAGCAAUUUUGUUUGAGAGAUUAUCCAAAAUGCCCGCGCCAUCAUCGUAUAACAACGGUUCCAAAAUCCCACACCAGCCCGGAAAAGCACCGGUACUCCCACCUCCCGACGCUGUUGCAGGGUUCAGCACAUGGAGACAGAUAGAAAAUAUUCGUACUCUUCUUACACUCAUGGGUUAUGCCUCAUGGGAAGAUGCUCGGUUGGUCCAGGAGGCUUUUGCUCUUCAAAACCUGCUUGUACGAUGUCUCCGCGAGUUUGGGUUGACAGAAAAUAUCACAAUUGGCCCAAAACAUUCCCCUCCGCAAUGGCAUGAAUGGGCGGAAGAAGAAUCUGUCAGGCGGACAAGAUUGAUUUCUUUCUGUUUUGUUCAUGUUCACAGCAUUGCGUACAAUAUUUACCCCAUGCUCCGGAGCAGCGAAAUCCAUCUACGCCUUCCGUGCUCCACGAAGGAGUGGAAAGCAAACAAUGCCAGCGAGUGGGAGGCUGCUCAGAAAGAGGUUCCUUCUCAGCAGCUGUUUUUCCAGGAUGCCUUAGCACUUCUCUUGCAGCAGUCACGGAACUCAGUUAUGCUGGAUCCAAUCCCCGCGCCCCUAGGUAACUACAUCCUCCUACAUGGUCUUCUCCAGCGGAUCCACCUGGUGAGCGAGCUGUCUUUACCCACUGGUAACCAGACAUUUUCCCUACCAACUGAGGAAUUGAACAAACUAGAGAGAGCACUCCGUUCUUGGACUUCCGUUUGGCAACAAGCCCCGGAGUCAAGUCUUGACCCCCAUAAUGAGAACGGUCCAAUUCCUUUCACCUCGAGUUCACUAUUGGGCCUGGCUUAUGUUCGGCUCUCACUCAAUCUCGGACCGUAUCGUCAGUUGGAAACCCGAGAUCCGUUUGCUAUUGCCGCAGCACUACAUAGAUCGCCCAGGCCCGGGCGAAGCUAUCGACUGACGCCUGCUCUCAUCUACUCCGCACAUGCAUUGAGUAUUCCUGUGCGGCUUGGCAUCGACCAUGUUGCGCGCAGCCAAGCUUUCUUCUGGAGUGUUCGACAUUCCAUUGCGAGUCUGGAGUGUGCGGUCCUUCUAAGUAAAUGGCUAUUGUCUCUGGCAGAGCCAGGAAAUGGCCAAAACCUCACAGAAAAUGAAAACCGAAUCCUGCAUUGGACCCGCUGCAUAGUCCAGGAAGCAUAUUCUUCAAUGGACUUGGACGACGGUGAUAGUUUGGAAAACCUCGAACCUUUUAGCCUGGGGUGCGCCGUGAUAAAACUUUGGGCGCGAUUGUUCGUGAGAAACACUCAGUGGCCAUUUAUAAACGUCAUGGGACAAAGUCUGGAGAGAUAUUUGGCCAUCAUUCAGGGAGGCUGA